GCAUCACCUCCUCCACUUCACCCCACACACACACACAACACAGAGCAAGAUUAAUUCAACUCCUCCUCCUCCUCCUCCAUUUAAUUCCAAAUUUCUACUCUUGUACCCAUCACAUGGCUUCGAUUUCAUCCAGCAGCCACUGAUCCAGCUCCCACGUAUAGGAAAAUGAAGCUUCUCCGCGAUCAAGAACUGUGCUCGGCGGUGGUAGAUAUGCGGGCCGGAGAAGGCGACGGGCACGAGCACGACCUGGUGAUGCCAGGGUUCCGGUUCCACCCGACCGAGGAGGAGCUCAUCGAGUUCUACCUCAGGAGGAAGGUCGAGGGGAGGCGCUUCAACAUCGACCUCAUCGCCUUCCUCGACCUCUACAGCUACGACCCAUGGGAACUCCCCGAGAUGGCGAGGAUCGGGGAGAAGGAGUGGUACUUCUACGUGCCGCGGGACCGCAAGUACCGGAACGGCGACCGGCCCAACAGGGUGACCCGGUCGGGCUACUGGAAGGCCACCGGGGCCGACCGGAUGGUCAAGGGGGAGGCCCCCCAGCGCCCGAUCGGGCUGAAGAAGACUCUCGUGUUCUACAGAGGGAAGGCGCCAAAGGGAGUCCGGAGCAGCUGGAUCAUGAACGAGUACCGCUUGCCUCACACCACUGCAGAUCAUCCUCAUCACUUCCAUCACAUUCACAAGACUGAAAUUUCACUCUGCCGCGUGUACAAAAGAGCUGGAGUGGAAGAUCACUGCCAACUUCCCGGAACCCUAAACCCCAACAAAAAGCACCCUCCUCCUCCUCCUCCUCAGCCGCCGCCGCCACUGCCGGCGGCAGCCCUACUACAUUCUUCGACACCACCAAAACCGCCAGAAAUUUGCAGCGACUUACCAUCGCUGCCCAUCAUAUACGAGUCGAUGACAGCCGCCGCCUCGGUAGCAAACUCACUGAGCUCGACUGCAUCCAUGGAGGAAGACACCAGCUCACUAGCUCAGUACCAUUCCGUUAAGCCACCAUUCCAUCUCCCCGCUUCCGCUGAUCAGCUCGACGGGGCAAUGGGCUACCGCAACAACGGCGAAAGCUUGCCGACGAUGCUGCAGCCGCUUCAUGAGCAAAUAGUGCUGCCUCCCCUCAACCAGUACUUGUCCUUGCCCAUGAUCUCAGAGAAGCUGUGGGAGUGGUGGAAUUGUAACCCUAACCCUACUGUCUCAGAUGCUGGUAAGGACUUCACAGGCUUCAAGUGAUUGUUGUACUAUGCAUAGUUAUUAUAGCAACAUGAAUCAUAUGGUUUGGGUACGUGAAGACUUAAAUUAAUUAUGCUGUAGUUUUAAUUAAUUAAGCUAUUUGCUAGUGCAAAACUUAGUGAUUAACUAAGUUGGGUGUAUUAUUUGGAAAAAUAAGGUUUAAUUGGCUUGUUGUGCAUUGACCUUCUGAGCACUGAACAAUGAUGCCAUGAUCAUUUUUAGAGGACUUGCAGAUAGGGGAGUUGUAAAGGGACAAAGAAUGGGAGAGUGCUGGUCUAGGCAUGCAUGCAUGUGAAUGAUGCAUAUGUUUGUCUUUUGCAAUUUGGAAUGAUUAAUUAA